ACACACAUCAGAGCCACCACCACGAAGGCACCGGAGGCGGCCAACCCACGCGCGGCCCGGACCCCCGUCGCCCACCCCGGACUUACCUCUGCGAAGUAGAGAUUGAGGAGGCAGCCGGCGGCGAACAGGAGGCAGCCGGGCAGGCAGAAGAGAAGCCAGUGGGGGAGCGGCUGCAGCCGGAGCUGGCCGCCCUGGAGAAGGAAAGUCUGCAGGUAGCAGGAGAAGAGGACGGUGCGCAGCGCUGCCCAGAGGAGGCAGAGGAAGAGGCAGGCGGCGCGGUAGCUCAGCCGCUUCUCCCGGUAGCAGAGGAGCAGCCAGAGCUGCAGGUAGGCGAAGAGGAAGAGGCCGGCGUAGAGGAGCGCGUGCAGGAAGCUCAGCCCCAGCUCCAAGGAGAAGCGGGGCAGGCGGCCGGGAUCGGGGCCGCCGAACACCAUCGCAGCCCCCUUUGGGAGGCGCCCCCCAAAAUAAGUCGGCGCAAAGUGGGGCUGGAGGACGUAGACUGGAGAAUGCAGACGGAGGGGCGGGCGACCACCCUGCCCUGCCCAACCCCUUCGCCGCCCGCUUACACCACCAUGCAAGCCAUCUAGGCAGCCCUGGCUCGAGCACUUGCCCCGGCAAAGCCGACUCGCGAUCUCCUCCCUUCUCGCCCGCCCGCCUGCUCGGUUGCAGCGCCGGCUCCCUCUUCGCUCCAAAAGAAACAAUCAGCUGAGCGGGCCCGCCGAUUUGAGGCGUUCGCUCCGGGCCACGCGCCGCUCGCCAUUGGCCGCCGCGGAGCUCCGCCCACUAGUUGUCAGGGCCGCCCCGCCUCGCUCCUUUCUAUCUCCCUCUCCGGGCCCCGUGCUUGACACGUUCUUAGGUUGGCGCCUCCCGCCCGCCUGGCAUUUUUGCAGAGCCUACUCGCUGUGUUUCCCCCCCCCUCACUUUGUAACCUCCAUCCCGCCCCCGCUUUCCAGCCGGCUUGUGUUGCUCGACGCCUUUUCUCUCCCCGUCCGCCCUGCCGUGCACGACUGGGAAUCAGCUGGAAGAGGCAGAGAACAGGCCUGGGCUCCCUAAAUUAUUUAAUUGGGGAAUCGGCUUCUCUUAGCUGGCGUGGCUGCUCUGCAGAGGAACGGCGCUGGCCUCGCGCUGCGAAAGAGACGAGCGCGCCGAGACGGCCGCGCCUUGCCCGACGUGCAGGAGAAGCUGGGCGCCUUCGGGGCAAGGCUCGCCCUAUCUCCGCGUCCCCUGCAAUAGGAGGGAUCCUCUGGCUUAAGCCUUACUCCGGGCUUGCUGGACGGCUGGCAGAUUUGAGCCCCUUCGCUUGAGCUCAGCAUGCAUUGAGAUGAAGGGAGUCCCCUUGCUUGCAACGAGGCUUCGAUGCGCUUCAGGGAGGGCUUUGUCUCUCGCAUGGAGUCUUGUUGCUAAGGGGGGGGGUUCGGAAAGCCUGAUUUAGGACAGCCGACAGAUCCUUCUCUCUCCCCCCCCUCCCUGUUGCUAUAGGGAAAAUGUUCAGGGACUGCCAUUCAGUGGCUGCUUUGCUGUAAAGGGAGAGAGAGAGAUUUUGGGUCCUCCUUUCAGAGUAUGGCCGGCUAGCCACGUUCUAGUACAGAGCACCGAGCCCAAAAUCUCUGGACUGGUUAAACUGGGUGCAUCUGGAGCAAGGCCUUGGCAAAAGUGAAGCCGUUGGAAGCGCUGUUUUGGAAGGGGGGGCAAUGGCACAAGCUACCCGCAAUAUUUAGCAGAGGCGAGCAGCUGGGAUCUCCCGCCUUCGCAAUUGGAGACGAGGAGAGGAGGGCAGCGGCGGGGGUACGUGAAGAUCUGAUCCCCCUGCGACAACUGCGAAUGCCUGAAGUCAUGUUGUUGCUGCAUCUGAAUGGCUGGACGGCCCCUUUUUCUCUCCUCCUCCUCCUCUUGUGGGCUUCCUACGUGCCUGCACGAAGCCAGGCAAAAGACGUGGUUCCUCAGGAGCAUUUCAACAGGUUGCAAGCAUCUAAAGCAUCUUUGGUUUAUUUUCAGAGGGACACUUCUCCACCUGCUGGCAUCUUCUUGGAACAGCUGGAGAACUCCAUAGAAGCCCUGAGAGAUUAUGGGAUUUCUGUCUUAAAGGUUAAUUGCCACAGUGGAAAAGCAUCCAGUUACUGCAGAGAGGGCGGUUCCUUGGGGAAAGCACACCUUUUCAGGGGUCAAGUGCUGCUUCGCGAACUCCCGACGGAUGCCUUGUUCAGCGUGGACGCCAUCGUGGCAAAUGUGCUCUUUGCUCUCCUCUUCAAUGAAGUGAAAUACGUCGCGACCCUGGUGGACCUCCAGAAGGUGGAAGAUGCUCUGAAGGGUCAGUCAGACCUGGUCUUUGCCUACGUCCAGGCUGUCGGGACUGCAGAGCACAGAGCGUUGAUGGAGGCUGCUUUUGUUUAUACCUCUGUUAAGUUUGCCUUAACCACGGAGGUGACUCUUCUGAGGAGCAUUCGCAGCAGAGAGCCUGACGUGCCGUCCUCAAAACUCUUCUACUGCCACUGCAAGGUGGCUGAGGAUGCGGCCCAGCCGUGCCGAAGGACUCUGAUGGAUCAGCCACUGGCCACGCUGAACAUCCACAAGUUCCUGAAGCUGAUGGAGGAACCCCUCGUGGUGGAGGCCACAGAAGAUCCAGAGAAGGUUUCCACCACCCACCUCCGCCUUGGCCUUCCGCUGAUCUUCAUUCUGACUCACAAGGAGACCUUUGGAGAAGAUAAGAGGAUAGCCGAGUUUGUGGCCUGGAAGUUGUUGGGGAAAGCUGGAGUCCUUCUUUUGUCAAGGAGUUCUGUCGGCCUGGACAUUCAUCCCCGGUUUAACGUAGCCCUCAAGACACCUGAAGAGGGUGUGCCUGUUAAAUACUUGGUUUUGAAAGACAUGGAUGAAAUCAUAGCCUUGGUGGAAAGUGGAAAGCAGAGCGAAGCUAUCCAGGGAUAUGAGGAGGGGGAGGAGCACGAGGAAGAGGAAGAGGAAGAUGGAGAGAAGUACGAACAAGAGAUCCAAGACGAUCAGGUGGUGGAAUCAGUCGUCCGAGACCGGAAGCACGAACUCCCCCUUGAGCACAUCCAGACCCUCACGGAAGAAUCCUUUGCCCCUGCUCUGGCGGAGACCAAUGCCACGGUGGUGCUGUUCUAUGCCAGCUGGGAAGCCGUCUCUCUGGUCGUGAUGCAGUCUUAUGUCGAAGUGGCUGCCCUUUUGCAAGGGACUCCUGAGGUUGCACUUGCAAGGGUAAACUGUUGGGAUUGGCCACAAAUCUGCACACAGCAAAAUGUCACCCAGUUUCCCACCAUCAAGAUGUACGCGAAAGGGGGAAGACGGCUGGUCUACUCCGGGAUGUGGGGUACCCAGGAGAUACUGAGGUUCAUUGAGCUAAGUAGAAUGUCCUGUCCUGUGAGGCUGACAACACCUGAAGAAGUGGAAGAAUACUUUAGGGUCAAAAUCUCGCCAUACCACAGAGUUUUGGGAUUAUUUGAUCCAAGCAUGGGUGAAGCAAGAGAAGCUUUUGUCGAAGCCGGAAAAGUCCUAGAUGGAUAUGUCACGACGGGAAUCUACUAUGAAGAGGAUGCUGCAAUUCUUUCCCAUAAUUAUAAAGUACCUCUUCCAGCACUGCUGCUUGCUAAGCCCGAAGCUCAGACGAGACGCGUCAUCAAACUCUCAAAGUACAGCGUGCAGGACAUUGUUGAAGUUAUCCGCCAUGCGUUACUGGAAACAUUUCCAGAAAUCACGGUAGGGAACCUGCCAGAGUACUUCCAGCUGGAGAAACCGUUACUCGUUCUGUUCAGCGAUGGGGCUCUGAGCAAAAGGGAUGAAGGAGAAAUGCAGCAUUUGGCCAGAGAAGAGCGUCGCCCAGACUUCGUUGCUUGCUGGCUCAACCUGAAAAACACUCCUGUGGGCAGAGGAAUCCUAACUGCCUAUUUUGGGAGCUUCCGUUCUCCUCUGCCUCUCCUCCUCUGGAUCAGCCUCCAUUCCGGAGGCCAAGUCUUUGUUUUUCCUUCGGAUCAACCCAUUUCAGAAGUGAACGUCCUAGCUUGGAUCGAAAAGCUGAAAUCCGGCCAAGAAGUUCCAAGCACUGUCUUGUCUGAUGAAGAGUGGAAGCCCCGCCUCCCUGCUUAUGACUUCCUGAGCAUGAUGAAACCUCCACUUCCUGAAUUUACCAUCUACAGCCGGGGGAGCGUUAGUACCUACCAGGAGGAGGCGAAUGAGGUCCCCGGAGAAAAGACGGCAGGGGUGGUGAGAGAGGAGCCUGUGGAAGACUCCCGCAUGGCUGAGCUGGAAAAAAAGCCACCGACUGGAGGGGACUUGCGAGGAACAGCUCCCCGCCUGGCAGCGAAGGAGAGACAGGCUAAGCGCCAUGCGGAGUUGUGAUGCUGUGGGUGGCUCUGAAAGCAGGAGGUGGGCUGCGUGGCCAGCGAUCGAGGAUGGUGGGAGCUGUAGUCCGGCAAUAUCAUCCGGAGGCUCACGGGCUUCCUACCCGUGUUGUUAGCCCGUGAAUGUGCUCUGACUUGCAGGUUGUAGCCAGAGGCCUCUGUUAACGUGAGACUCUUUAACGCCAGGGAUUAAACCUGGAGCCUCAUGCAUGCAAGGCGUGGUACCGCCACUGAGCUGUGGCCUCUCAGUUUCUGGGCAGGGGAAGGAGCAUUUCCCAGAAUUUUUGGACACAGAAGAUGGCAGCCCCCGCAGAUGUGGCCUGUGUUUUUCUUGUUCCCCCAACAGUGCCCACUGACAUCCCUUCAGCCAUCACCAGAGACUCCAUUGGUGUGUGUGUGUGUCCUUUUCUCAGAGAGUUGCUUGGCAUGCACACUUCCUUUCCUUUGCUCCUGUGCGAUGAUGGUCUGGUGGUGGUGGUGGUUGUAACACCAGACAGGGGAGCCUUUCGUGUGAACGGGGGCAGCUGUGCUCAUUUGCCGUGGCACAAUUCCCAGGGAAUCUCCAGAGCUGAACAGAGGUGUGACUUCCGAGGCAUUCAUGUGAGGGAGAUCUGUGACCUGUGAGGAAAUGGAAGCAGCAGGGAGAGUUUGUGAGUGGAGGCUGGUCUUCCAGGGAGGAUGUGGCACUGUCCUGCCAAGAUCAGUCUGUCCCCAGCCAGCCCCCAUCUGCCUGCCUUCGUAAGUACAAACAGUCCAGAGAGUGGCACUGCCUAUCACCUCCUUCCUCCUCCUCAGUCUUUCCCUUGUAAAACUCAGCAAGAGGAAGAGGGGGACACAGCUAAGAUUAGGUGGCUCUACCUUUCAUUGGCUCUAGCUCCACCUGCUGUUGGCCUCCUGCUUUACACCCUACCAGUUGCAACGGAGACCAGACACUACUGGAGUCUGUCGAGGUACAGUUAUCGUAGUUGCUGCAGGGGGUUAGCUUAUAGCCAAGUCAUAGUUCCAAAUGUCAACACAUUCUCACUACGUCCUCUCUUCCCAAAAGAUUUCCCCCCCCCCCAUUUUUAUCCAAGCCUGCUUGGCGCUGUUGGGGUCUCUUUAUUUCCACUUGCGGCCCUGUGUGUGUGCAGCAGAAGAGGGGACCUGUCUUAAAGGAGCAUCCACGGCACCUUUUGCAUUCCGAUCCUAUGCAUAUUUUUGGAAGGAUGCUCCACUGCGUUGGGUGGGUCUUGCUCCUUAGUGGGACUUCUGAGUGAACAGGCAUAGGCUUCGGACGUUUACUAGCACACGUUGUUGAGGAAAGCAGCCUGUCCAUAUCUAAUCAUGUGUAAAUGCCUGGUGUCUUUUGUUUGUCAUCAGUUCUGGAGCCAGGGGAAAGCUUGUUUCUGAAGUUGGUGUGGGGCUGAGAUUAAGUCUUCUCCAGAUGACCUAUUUAUUGAGCAUCCUGAUUUGCUUGCACAAAGCAUAUGUGGAGAUUAGACUAUGGGCGUUUCCAGGUAGACAUUGUUUGGGGGCAAGAAUCAGUCACAUACGAGCAAAUUCAGGUUGUGCGCAAUUAUAGUUGAUUUGGAGGUCUUGAGCCUUUUAAAUAAGGAUCGGAAUAGUGGUAUAAUUUCCCUAUAAUGUGAAGAAGAAAAUGUGCAAUUGAGGAAUAUGGUGUGAGGAACGGUCCACUCAUGGCAUGGUUAGUGAUUUGGGGCAAGCGGCAUAGUCCCAAGGAGUCCCGUUGCCCCCCAGCUGGCAGUUGCGGACAAGGAAGGGGCUGGCUUGUGCAGCUGUAGCAAGCUGAGCAGGCCCUAGCCAGCUGGGGAGGACUAGUCUCAGAGGGAGGCAAUGGUAAACCCCCUCUGAAUACCCCUUACCAUGAAAUCCCUAUUCAGAGGGUAGCCAUAAGUCAGGGUCAACUUGAAGGCAGUCCAUUUCCAUUUCCACCUGCAAGCUCCAGGGUUUUUCUUCUGUUACUUUUGAGUUUGGCAAUGGAGAGCUGCUGUGAAGAGAAGUCACAGCUGAGGAUCCCAAGGACUCGUGUGUGUGUGUGUGAGAGAGUGUGUGUGUGUGAGAGAGAGUGUGUGUCAGUGUGAGAGUGACUGUGUCAGUGUGAGAGUGACUGUGUCAGUGUGAGAGUGACUGUGUCAGUGUGAGAGUGACUGUGUCAGUGUGAGAGUGACUGUGAGUGUGUGUGUGUGAGAGAGUGUGUGUGUGAGAGAGUGUGUGUGUGAGAGAGUGUGUGUGUGAGAGAGUGUGUGUGUGAGAGAGUGUGUGUGCGAGAGAGUGUGUGUGCGAGAGAGUGUGUGUGAGAGAGAGAGAAUGCUCUCCCUUUUGCUGGAGAGUGCACAUCUUAAAAACGGAUUGAAGCGCUGCCUCCAAAUUGUCAGUACUUCGUGGGACGGAUUCAGGUGCAUACUGCGGAUUUAGUUUUACGCAUUUAAAGUGAACUAAAGCACUCUAUCGCCCCAACACAGCAAAUCCAUUAUAAAACAGACUUUUUGUAGUUAGGAGAAUGAUGGGGGAUGCACUGAAAAGUGCAGGAUGAAAGAAUGAUUUAACAGGAAGAUGCAUAAGCACUGUGCAAAUGAAUCGGGAUGAAUGCUCACUGUUGUACAACCGUCCUACAAACAAAUCAGAAUGAAUGCGCAAUGAAGACUUACUAAAGUGCACGUCCAGACAACCUGCUUGUUAAGCGUUCAUCCAGAAUUUUUUGCAGAGAAAUUAGACAACACUGGCUAUUUAAUAAGCAUUCAUUCUGAUUUGUUUGUGGGGAGGUUAGAUGAUGAUGUUGUAUCAAAGCAAGUAUUAUCCCACAUGAUCCGGCGGAUUUCCCCAUCCUUACUCUUAAUCUGAUCUUUCGGGGAAGCCUGUUCCGAUCCUUAUUUAAAAAGUCAGAUUUUCUGCAGCCUUACAACCAAGGGAGACACACAGGGAAAAAAGUUGGAUGACUGCAGGAGCUUCUAGGCAGGAGAUUAUUGUGGAAACAGUGCUGUUCAUGCAACAAGGUUUUUUGCAGUGUCCAAACAAUGUCAUUGUCAUCACAUUGACAGCUCAUAUUUUUUUAAAUAAUGUUUUUAUUGUUUUUGGUAGAACAGAAUACAAAACAAGAAUAACAUACAACAAUGAGAGAAAAUAGGGAGGUAAGCAUAUAUGAAAUGGUUAUUGUCCUGAAUUGUUUUCCAGAUAAUUAUCCGAAUGUGGACCGCCAAAUCUGACCAUGCGAGGUUGGAGGCUUGCAAGCCCCAUCACUUUGACUAACAAAAACAAUAAAG